AGAAGGAAGGCCAGUGGACUGGGAUUACGCUGAUUUCGUAAAAAUGCUCAGCUAUUCUGAAUUACCGGCACAAGUUUUUAAUGAAAAGCUGUUUUUCUGAACAGAGAAACUUUUUCUUUUUUUUGCGUCAGAGGCUCAGUCUAACUUGGAGACGUUCCUGCUGCUGAUCCUGUUCAGGGCUGAGGAAGAAAAGGAGCAUGGCCAGUGAAGCCGGACAUCAUCAGGCUCGGCCAGCAGACGCAGAAAUCACCCCGGAGGCCAUCGGCUUCCUGUCGGCGGUGGGGGUCUUCAUCGUGGCGUUGGCCGUCCUCUUCCUCUUCAUCAACAAGAAGCUGUGCUUCUCGCGCGUCGGCGGCCUGCCCUGCCUGGAGCAACAUGGCCGCCGCAAGAAGGGACGCGUGGGGAUUCGCCAGGGGCUCGUGAACAGUUACGGCGACGAGGACGACGACCCCACGAGCUCGUCUGACAGCGAAGACGAGGUCCUGAAGCAGUUCGAGAUCUCCGUGUCGCGUUCGCAGAGCUUCCGCAUGGCGGCGGCAGCGGCGCCGUCGGUGGCGGGCUCCGGCGGCGAGCAGCACUCUCUGCACAGCCAGCUGUCGUUGGGCCGACGCCACAAAUUCACCCGCCUGUCGGACCAGGAGGAAGGCAGCACGGAGCCGUCGGACUGCGAAGCAGAGAUGGAGGCUCCCAGUCGGACAGGUUUCCAGGACCCCCUGUCGGCAGCGGUGGAGGAGAUCGAGCGGGCGUCUGUCAGUCUCUCCAUGGACAAACCGAUCGGAGCAGAGGCGUUGGCCUCCAGAGACACGCCCACCCCGAGCAUGAGCCGACAGGCCGCCGACGGCAGCGAAGACACGGAGAAAACUGCAGAUCAGGACAAAAAUGAAGCCACGGACAGCUCCUCCACCUUCACCCCCGAGCAGGAGCAGCCGCCGGCAGACGAGGCCUCCUCCCAGCAGGCCGUGUGCUCCUCCCCCCGGACCCCCAUCUCCCGGUGCGGGGACCUGGUCCUGAGCCUGGAGUACCAGCCGCACGCCGAGAAGCUGCAGGUGUCGGUGGUGGCGGCGCGCGACGUGCCGGACAAGGCGCGCAGCGGCAUGGACUCGUGGCAGGUGCACAUGGUCCUGCUGCCCGCCAAGAAGCAGCGGCACAAGACGUCGGUGCAGCGCGGCUCGCUGCCCAGCUUCAACGAGACCUUCCGCUUCUCGCGCCUGGAGCCCGCCGACCUGCACGUGUCGGCCGUGCGCUUCCGGCUCUACGCGCUGGGGGGCCGCAUGUCCCGCGAGCGCAUGAUGGGGGAGAAGGUGCUGCGCCUGGGGGGGCUGGACCCGGACGGGGGAACCAUGGAGACCACGCUGGUCCUGGAGCCCAGGAGUAAUCUCAAGAGCCUGGACUCCCAGCUGAGCCUGUCGGCCGUCUCCCAGAGCGACAGCGCCUCGUCCACGCAGUCUCUGACCCACGGCGGCGUCCCCGAGCUGCUGGUGGGCCUCACCUACAACGCCACCACGGGACGCAUGUCGGUGGAGCUGAUCAAGGGGAGCCACUUCAGGAACCUGGCUCUCAACCGGCCUCCAGACACCUAUGGGCGUCUGAGCCUGCUGAAUUCGGUGGGUCAGGAGAUCUCCCGGUGCAAGACGUCGGUGCGCCGCGGCCAGCCCAACCCCGUCUACAAGGAGACCUUCGUCUUCCAGGUGGCGCUGUUCCAGCUGUCGGACGUCACGCUGCUGGUGUCCAUCUACAACCGGCGCAGCAUGAAGCGCAAAGAGAUGGUGGGAUGGAUCGCUCUGGGCCAGAACAGCAGCGGCGAGGAGGAGCAGCUCCACUGGCAGGACAUGAAGGAGAGCCGAGGGCAGCAGGUGUGCCGCUGGCACGUCCUGUUGGAGGCGUAA